AUAAAAGAUCUCGAAUGCUUUAAGCAUCUUUUUUAUCACAAUUCAACGUUGUCACUAAGAAUAAUUUAAAAGAAAUAUCGAAAAUUCGUCUUAAAAGACUGAGUGGUCAAAGAUGAGUAAUUGGGCCCGAAGGGAUUUAAAAUUUCUUACUAAUAGGAGAACUUAAUUUUAUUUGGCGAACCAUGUAUCAAGCAUAUACUAUAGGUACAUACAUGCAGGGCCCAAAUUCUGCCAUUUACAAUGGCCAAUAAAUGAACAGCAAAUGGAUUAAAUUUGAAAUUAUUCCUGUUUUCCAGGGCAUAUGGAGCCCAGAGCGUAUAUAAUUUUUAUGGGCCGAUACGGAAUAUGGUACAGUUUUUUUAGAUCAAAACAAAUUGCUUAGAUCACAACUGACAAUGUAUUUAAAUAAAAAAUCAAUAACAGUCCUGUUAUGAAUACGACUACGGACAUCAGUAUCAAAUAUUUCAGAUGUGAGGUCUCUCCACAAGGUUUUGAUGUAAAUCAUCAACUUUUUUUACAGCUUAAAAAAACAAACUUGGACAUUGACAAAAAAAUGUUCUGACAUCUUCACUAUUAAUGUGAAUUUGUGAAUAUUUUUUGUGAUAUUGGUUAUUUUUAAAGUAUUUACAUAAAGAUAUAAUACCAGAAUGUUGCAUAAUAUGAACGAUAACUAUUACUUAAGGAAACACUUCCUAGACAGUAACUCAGUGCCGACUCAAACAAUGAUAAAAAACAAAAUGCGGCCAUCUCUUGCCGCAGUAUACUUCAAGUCUAUGAAUCCUAAGCUAAAGGUAGCGGCAGGUCUUGAACCUCCGCUGAAAGGUGGCGGUGGGGACUGGUACGUCCCACCAAAUGACCUGUUAGAAGGCAAAAGAACAGCGCUCAAACCCGUCGACAAGGAAUUGUUGUCAAAGUUAACCUAUAUUGGGAUCGACAAUAUUGGUAAAAAAAUGUUGGAACAGCGUCUCAUACGAAUGCGUGUGGAAAGAAAUCUUAUUAUUAAAGAAAACGACGAAAGAUGGUCAAGGAUAAUUGAAGUAGAGUGCCAGCAAUAUGCCGAAGACACAUCUGUAGAGGCUGCUAAAAAAAAUACCGAACGAAUUCAAAAUGCUUUCAGAGAAUUUACAAACAUGUACGUUGCGUCCAUAAAUACGUUAGAAAAGGUAUUGAUUAAAGCAGCCGGAGCAGAGAUUUUCAAAAUACAAAACAAUGCCUUCCAGAAAAUGCAAGGCAAAUUUCGUUUCUUAAUCAAACAGCAAGCGACAGAGCUGUAUGAUAAGUAUGAAAGUAAAAUGAUGGUCGAAAAAUCAGCAUUGAAAGCUGAAUUCCUUAAGGAAUUGGAGUUAAAUCGAACUAUAACAUCUCAAAAAAUACACGACCGAAAAUUAGAAAAACAUGUUGCCAUUGAAAAGUUAAGGUCAUACCUUGAGUGUAAAAACCUUGCUUGCCAGGUAUAUGUAGCGCUCAAAGAGAGGGAACUCGGUAUGAAGGAAAUAGAAGCAUCGCAAAACGAGCGCAAAAAACGCGUAAGGGCUCUGCAGGAUGAGAUUGCAUUAAAAGAAGUCGUAAUUUUAAGCUACACGGAAAAUCAGAAGAAACUGCAGGAAAUCAACAAAAAAUGGAUAGAGAAGAUUAAGAUUCUCGUCAAAAGGUUCCAGCUUUUUGUUUCGUAUUGUUUAAGCUUAUUGCCAGAACAUGCGGAUUUCUUCCUUAAUAUAGAAACGUUGAUGUUGCUACAACUCAGUGAAACCAUAGAAAAUCCUUCUGCGGAAAGCAUUAUCGAAGUGGAAGAACAUCAUAAGGACGACUCAGGUCCAGUGCCCAAACCCAAACCUUUCUAUCUAUUCUGUGAUCAAUAUGAAAAUAACAAACUUCCGAUUAGAGAAGACCUUUGCCCGAAUCAGUGUGAAAAUGUUUCUCAAAUGCCAGUAAUAGUUAUUAAUAAGCGGUGUAUGUAUGCGGCGUGUGAUAAUUUCCAACAGUUUUCAAACAAAAUAAAAUAUUAUAUUCAUGGUAAACAAGGAGAUGACGAAGACUUUGUUGACGCCGAAGUCUACGACGACUAUGUGCCAGUGAAAUACACUUCAUCAAAACAAUUAUUGGAAUUGAAGUUAGAGAGUUCCAUAAUGCAAGUGUUACAGCAAGAACUAGCAAAUGUAAGAGAAGUUCCGAUCGAGUGUGGCGAGUGUAAGUUCCCUCAUUGCUUCUGCACGUAUCAUGGCCCAUACAUACCAGAACCGCAAACGAAAAAAGUGAUAGAACACCUAUUGACGCCUCCCUCACUUGGUAAUGUACAGACAAGAAGUAAAGGAUUAUUACACGGAAGGGAACCAAAAUGGGAGAGUUAUUUGGAAUACAUUGAGCCCAGAAAGUGUGUAUGUGUCAAGACUGCUAAGAAACAUUUGAAAGAACAUUUCCCCGUCUACAUGAGGACUAUGUCGGCCUAUACAGAGCCUGAAUUGCCGCAGUACGAAAUAUGUCCGCUUGAUACUUUAAAAACGAUGGUUAGAAAUGCGAGAGGUUACCACACACCGACCCCGCCUGAAGUAAAAGUAUCAAAAACGAGAGAUGUCUAUACUGAGUGUGAAGAUUUUUACUUUGACUAUCUGUGCGAAUGUCUCUCCGUUGACGAAGUUCACCUUUUACCCAAAGACGAAAUAAAAGGGUCAAAGAUGUUUGAUCCGGACAGAACCCGACAAUUUAAAUUCGUCCACAAGUUCAUAUCCGAUACAGCAUUACUCAAAGGGCAAAAAACUGGUGAUCAGGCACAGUCGUUGGGGACUUUUCUUGGACCGGCACCGGAUCUUAAGGAAAUAUCAAUGAGCACCGGAGGACCAUUAUAUUAUAUCAUUAUGCAGCAUCUGAACGAAAACUAUUACUUAAGGAAACACUUUCUAGACAACAACUCAGUGCCAACUCAAACUCUGAUAAAAAAGAAAAUGCGGCCACCACUUGCCGCAGUAUACUUCAAGUCUAUGAAUCCUAAGCUAAAAGUAGUGGCAGGUCUUGAACCUUCGCUGAAAGGUGGCGGUGGGGACUGGUACGUUCCACCAAAAGAUAUGUUGGAAGGCAAAACAGUUCUUAAACCUGUCAAAAAGGCAAUCUUGUCAAAUUUAAACUAUCAAGGGAUCCAGGAUAUAGCAGUAAAUAUGCUGGCAAAGCGUCUCAAACGCAUGCGAGCAGAAAGAAAUCUUAUUCUUAGCGAAGAUGACGAAAGAUGGAAAGGAUUAGUUGAAAUAGAAUGCCAGCAAUUUGCUGAAGACCUUUCUGAAGAGGCUGCUAAAAAGAAUACUGAGCGAAUGCAAAGCGCUUUCAGGGAAUUUACAAGCAUGUACACAAAAUCCUUAAAUAACGUGGAAAAAGUAAUGACCGAAGCAGCUCGCGCGGAGAUUUUCAAAAUACAAAACAAUGCCUUCCAGAAAAUGCAAAGUAAAUUUCAUUUCUUUAUUAAACAGCAAGCUACAGAGCUGUAUGAUAAGUAUGAAAGUAAAAUGACGAUAGAAAAGUCAGCAUUGAAAGCUGAAUUUCUAAAGGAAUUGGAGUUAAAUCGAACUAAAACAACUCAAAAAUUACAUGACCGAAAAUUAGAAAAACAUGUAAUUAUUGAAAAGUUAAGGUCAUACCUUGAGUGUAAAAACCUUGCUUGUCAGGUUUAUGUUGCGCUCAAAGAGAGGGAACUCGGUAUGAAAGAAAUAGAAACAUCGCGUUAUGAGCACAAAAAACGCGUAAGGGGUCUGCAGGACGAGAUUGCAUUUAAAGACUUUGUAAUUUUAAGCUACACGGAAAAACAGAAGAAACUACAGGAAAUCGACAAACUCUGGUUAGAAAAGAUUAAGAUUCUCGUCAAAAGGUUCCAGCUUUUUAUUUCAUAUAGUUUAAGGUUAUUGCCAGAACAUGCGGACUUUUUCCUCAAAAUCGAAACGUUGAUGUUGCUUCAAAUCAGUGAAACCAUAGAAAAUCCUUCUGCGGAAAGCAUUAUCGAAGUGGAAGAACAUCAUAAGGACGACUCAGGUCCAGUGCCCAAACCCAAACCUUUCUAUCUAUUCUGUGAUCAAUAUGAAAAUAACAAACUUCCGAUUAGAGAAGACCUUUGCCCGAAUCAGUGUGAAAAUGUUUCUCAAAUGCCAGUAAUAGUUAUUAAUAAGCGGUGUAUGUAUGCGGCGUGUGAUAAUUUCCAACAGUUUACAAACAAAAUAAAAUAUUAUAUUCAUGGUAAACAAGGGGAUGACGCAGACUUUGUUGACGCCGAAGUCUACAACGACUAUAUGCCAGUGAAAUACACUUCAUCAAAACAAUUAUUGGAAUUGAAGUUAGAGAGUUCCAUAAUGCAAGUGUUACAGCAAGAACUAGCAAAUGUUAGAGAAGUGCCCAUUAAGUGUGGCCUGUGCACGGUACCUCAUUGCUUUUGUACUUAUCAUGUACCAAAUAUCCGAGUCCCUCAGACGGAAGAAGUAAAAGAGCAGCCAUCGACGCCUCCUUCUCUUGGUAACGUACAAACAAGAAGUAAAGAAUUAUUAUACAGAAAGGAACCAAAAUGGGAGAGUUAUUUGGAAUACAUAGAGCCCAGACAGUGUGUAUGCGUCAAAACUGCUAAGAAACAUUUGAAAGAUCAUUUACCAGUCUACAUGAGGACAAUGUCGGCCUAUACAGAGCCUGAAUUGCCAAAAUACGAAAUAUGUCCGCUAGAUACUUUAAAAGCGAUGGUUAGAAAUGCCAGAGGAUACCACACACCGACCCCGCCUGAAGUGAUAGAACCGAAAACGAGAGAUGUCUAUACUGAGUGUGAAGAUUUUUACUUUGACUAUCUGUGCGAAUGUCUCUCCGAUGACGAACUUCAUCUUUUACCCAAAGACGAAAUAAAAGGCUCAAAGAUGUUUGAUCCGGAGAGAACCCGACAAUUUAAAUUCGUCAACAAGUACUUGUCUGAUACAGCAUUACUCAAAGGCCUAGGAACUGGUGCUCGGGCACAUUUACAGUCCCCUGAUCUUGAGGAAAUAUUCAUGAGAUCAAAAAUGCCAUUUUGAUAUUUAUUCUUUUAUGGAUAAUUUAUAUUGAUAGGCAUACAUUUUAACUUUCCUCACGAGGGAGAGAUUUAGUAAUGCGAUUUUAUUUCUAUGUACUACUUACAUUAUUUAUACGGUA